CUGGAAGGAGGGGACGGGGAGUGUUCUGGCUGCUGAGCUGAGCGGGGAGGAGAGAGAAAGAGUAGUUGCACACAGAAGGGGAGACUGCUGCACUUUGAGCCCAGAGAGAAUACAGUAGCAGUGAGUCCAGCAUGGCCACUGUAAGCCGCAUCUGCCAGGCUGGGACCCACGUCCGCAGGUGUGCUGUGACUCUGGGGCCCCUUGGUGGCCCCCUCUCUACAUGCAGACAGAAGCUGACCCUGCGGUGGGCCUCACACUCCGCAGUUUGGGGCUCCUUGCCGGCCUGCGGAAGCAAAUGCACAAAUCUCCAGUCUCCUCCUCUGCGCAACUUCUCAGACACAACGUUCAACUUGCCCCCGAGUGCUGAAGAAGUUGCCCGGCCGGCUGGCAUCUGCACCAUGAUGAGGUUACCCUACCAGGAGUCUCCCGAGGGUCUGGAUGCGGCUUUUAUUGGGGUCCCGCUGGAUACUGGCACGUCUAACCGACCAGGAGCAAGGUUUGGGCCUCGUCACAUCAGGGGAGAGUCCUCUAUGGUCAGGAGAUACAACGUGACCACACGAGCCGCUCCGUUCAACUCGCUCAUGGUGGCUGAUAUCGGCGACGUCAAUGUGAAUUUAUACAACCUACCGGACAGCUGCCAGAGGAUCAGGAAAGCUUACCAGAGGAUAAUGGCGGCCAGAUGUAUACCGCUGACAAUGGGUGGGGAUCACACAAUCACUUACCCCAUCCUCCAAGCUGUAGCUGAAAAACAUGGACCUGUCGGCUUAAUACAUGUGGAUGCCCAUGACGACACUGGGGAUUCUGCCCUGGGGGAGAAGAUCUAUCAUGGGACUCCAUUCAGACGCUGUGUGGAUGAAGGAUUGCUGGACUGUAAGCGCGUUGUACAGAUCGGACUCAGAGGCUCCUCCUACAGCGCAGAACCUUAUGAAUUCUGCAGAGAUCAGGGAUUCCGUCUUGUCUUUGCUGAAGACUGCUGGUAUAAGUCCCUGGUCCCGCUCAUGGCAGAAGUGAGGCUUCAGAUGGGAAUAAAACCGGUCUACAUCAGCUUUGAUAUCGAUGGGAUUGACCCAUCGUUUGCCCCUGGCACAGGAACCCCAGAGAUCGGAGGUCUUACAACGCACCAGGCUCUGGAGAUAAUCCGCGGCUGCAAAGGGUUGGAUAUCGUGGGCUGUGACCUAGUGGAAGUGGCGCCUGUUUACGACCAGUCAGGUAACACGGCACUGACCGCGGCUAACUUGCUGUUUGAGAUGUUGUGCGUGCUGCCUAGAGUGAAGACAUACUGACCGGGACAUGACAGAAGCUGUGCAGCAGGGGGCGCUACAUCAGCACUGGAAUAGUAACAGACUCUAUACUCUGGACUGGACACCACAAGAAGAUAAUCUGCCCAGAACAAAGAGUGUAUCAAGCAAUUACAACACAAGAACAAUAAAACAGUUCUAUAAACAUAAAUAACUAGGGGGGAAAUGUCUCCAGCCUUCUAAAGAGUGGAGGUGAUGUGGGCGAGUGGGGAAGUUGCCCAUAGAAACCAAUCAGCUCCUACCUAUCAUUUUAUAGAAUAUAAUUGAUGAUAGCUUGAAGCUAAUUGGGCAACCUCUCCACUCUUUAGAGGGCUUGAAACAUCUCCCCCUCGAUGUCGGUACAAAAUAUUCGGAUCGUGGCACGUGAUUGGACGAUAGUUACACUGUAAAGAAAAUUUGUUUCACAUCUA